AUGGCUUCGGUUAUAAGUUUAGCAACAGCACGUCGUCAGUUUCUGACUAAUGUCAGACAAGAUGGAAUGAUCAAUGGCCCUCGAUUAAUUGUUUAUGCAUCAACAGAAAUACAUGUUUGUAUUACUAAAGCAUUGGAAUUAUUAGGAUUUGGUUCAAAAUCAAUGCAUUUCAUAUCUGCCGACAAGAAUUUUUGUAUUAACACUGACGAAUUAAGACAAACAAUAGAAGACGAUCGAAACAAUGGUCUACUACCAUUCUGUAUCGUUGGAUGUGCCGGAACAGUAAAUUCAGGUGCUUUUGAUAAUCUUGUUGAACUUGCGUCGAUUGCUCAUAAAGAAAAAAUGUGGUUUCAUAUUGAUGGUGCUUUUGGCGCUUUAGUUAUACUUGAUCCUGAACGUUGUCAUUUAGUACAAGGUAUUGAACAAGCUGAUUCGUUAGCAUUUGAUUUCCAUAAAUGGUUACAUUGUCCGUAUGAUGCCGGUUGUGUUCUUAUUCGUGAUGGUGCUCAUCUAUCAUCCACGUUUUCUGUUCAUCAAUCCUAUUUAGCUGCUACCGAACAUGGUUGCGCAGGUGAUAAACCAUGGUUUUGUGAUUUAGGUACUGAAUUAUCACGUCAAUUUCGAGCCUUAAAAGUCUGGUUUACAUUAAAAGAACAUGGGAUUAAAAAAUUAGGCAAAAAAAUUGCAGAUAAUUGUCAACAAGCUCAAUAUUUAGUUUCCUUAUUAAGCAACUAUGAAGAUUUUAUUCAGAUUAUUCGCCCUGUAACAUUAAAUGUCGUUAAUUUUCGAUUAGAACCUAAUGAAUUAGACAGAUCUAAUGAUAAAUUGAUCGAUGAAUUUAAUAAUGAACUUCUUGCUGAUAUUCAAAUAUCCGGUAUUGCAAUAGCAUCUACAACUCGUUUUUGCAAUCGAUUGUAUAUUCGUGUAUGCAUCGUUAGUCAUCGAUGUACUUUUGAAGAUUUCGAUAUUUUCGUGGCCGGACUUCUUAAAUGUUAUCGUCUUCGACUUCGAAGUCUUCAACAGUCUGAAUAG